AUGUCUGGAUACGACUACACAUUUGUUUCCUUUGUCGCAGAGGAGGAUACUUGUCCAAUAUGCAGCAGUCCGAUGAAAGAACCUGUUCAAACAAGAUGUGGUCAUCGGUUUUGCCGCCUCUGCUUGGAAGAGUGCAUGCGAAGGUAACGUUUUGGCUCUUCAGUCUGCAUUUUAGUAUCGUAAGUCAUAGAACCUACAUGCCGCCAUGUAAACUUAAAAUGCUCGAGAACGUUACUUCAUUAAGUUAAUGUUAUUCAGUGGCACGCCUAGCCUCGUUUCAACUUUACAAGAACUGAUUUUCGUUCGGAAAUUUCAGUCUUCGUGAUAACUUUCCCACUCACAGAAGAAGGAACUAUAAAGACGAGUUAUGGAUGGGCAUUUUGAGUGAAAUUAUGGCUCAUCAGCAAGAGUCAGUGACCCAAAUCUUGUCCUUGACAUGAUUUCACGUACUAUAGCAGCGACGACUUCCAGAUGUUGGUAAUAUUCUGCCUAUAUACUUUUAUUUGCUUAUACACUGAUAAAAAUAUAAGUAUUUCUUACUGAACAAGUGAUUGAUUUUUCACUUCUGAGCAUAUUUUGGUCGCUGUCAGGUAUCUCCGACACUGACGCUUAGUUUAUUUGGACAAUACAUCCACUGUGGCUGCGCUAUCUUUUCUGUAAUGGAUACACUCGUGUGAGUUUAAGGAUCUAAACUUGAGCACGUAUUCGGAGAUUCAAAGAUUUGCUCGUAGAAAAAUGAAUGGCAGAAAAGAAAGACAACAUGUUGUAUAUAAGCAUUUUAUUAUUAUUAUUAUUAUUAUUAUUAUUAUUAUUAUUAUUACUAUUAUUAUUAUUAAGAGCGAAUGCACAGAAAAAUCGAGCAAAAUCGGCAAAUCGUGGCCACAGCUCAAAACCUAACUUACACUCAUUUUCAGUCUGUAAUAAGGUUUUAAUGAGUUUAUAACACUGCUGAGGUUUAAAUUUCAAAAUGCGGCCGAGUUUGGGAAUUAUUUGAGAUUUUUGAUUUCAACAGUCUGCUGGCCUAAGAUUAGCCGCCGAACACGGCAAUAUAGCCUAGCGACAGAAAUGAGCUGACUUUCAUAAACGAGCGAAUAUAUUGGCAAUCUUCCACUUAAAUCUCAAAAAGCAGAUAUGUAACAAUUUCUGAACGGCGCAAUUUUUAGAUUUAGAGUAUAAAAUAUCGACGAACCAGCAGAAUUUUUAAACGUAAUUUGCAUAAUGCUUAUAAAUACGACAAUUUACGGCUAAAACCAAAAUCGAAUUUUCUAUAUGGGGGAAUUCUUCAAAUCACCCCAAAUCCCGCUUACUACCCAAUGAGAUAUAGUACUUCAACAUUAUCUGAAAGUUAGUCUGGUGUUCUUGCGAACGCUUGUAAAAUAGAUUGAUUAUUUUGAGGUUAUUUCGCCCCAAACAACUGCUAAUUGGCCCCAGGGUCAAUUGACACGUGCACCUGACCUUAGUUUUAUGCGUCGAUUUGAGCUCGUUAAAAGGGAGAAACUAACAAGAUUCUUUUAAUAUGUACCUGUUUUAAUGAAAUACACGCAAUCUUCAAAAGGAGAGGCCGUUCAAUGGGUAAUUUCUGUUCUUGAGAUCUUGUAGAUCGUACCAUGGCGUCUGCGAGUGGACCUGAGUCUAGGUCUGUUUUCCCGUGACUGCGAAAUCGGAAUAACAUCAAGAAAUAAUUCUCCCUCGAAUCUUCGUAAGUGAAUCAGCUUUGCAGUGCCUUACCUGAGAUAAAAAGUGGGCCGAAUAGCAAAACAUUUCUAGCGCGAUUUGGAUCCUUUGUGGAACGCAGUGUAGUGCUGAGCGAAAGGUGAGUAAACAAACGUGGGAAAGUACGUUACCUUUGAUUGCGUGACCAGCCAGUAAACGAUAGUCUGCAGCGAAAAAUGGGACUCGUAAAAAUCUUGCUGAUGUAUAUUUAACAGUUUCUUACUAUAAAUUUACACCUGGUUUGUCUAAAACUUUAAACAAUGCAUAUCUGUCCAAGAGUAUAACAAUGUUUCGAAAGAUCCACCCCUAAAUAACUGUGGGCUACUCCUUUUUCGCCAUCACCGAUUUGCACUUCCUUCCCACUGUCUUUUGCAUGAGGCUUGUAUGCCUUUUUAACUGUUAUAGACACUUAAAACUGGCCUUUUAAGACCUGGUUUAAGAACUUGACUGACUUAAAAAACCGUCGCGAACAUGCGCUAUUAUUGUUGGACUUUGGAAGCUUUAAGCCCAAAAUGAUGGUGCAAUCUCGAGAAAUUUGCCCGGGUCUAAUUAUAAGACAGGGAACGGGUACUAAGAAAGGGACGGUCUCAUUUAGCAACCCGUGGACAAUCUGGGCAUGCUUGCCUUCUGUCGCAGGGGCAACCGUAAAAGCCAGGUACGCCGCCCCCACCCGAGAGGAUUGCAUUGCAUCCACCAUUUCAGUCGCUUUUUCCACAUCAUGACCUUCAAUUAUCAUGAAUUAUAAUGCGGGCCUUGAUCGUUGCCACCUUACCAGAAGUCUAAUCUUCGCACUGUUAGACCAUGAGAAUCGCUAUUAUUAUUCCAUAAAUGCACCAUUGACUUUUCCUUGCUCAGCUUCCGGUAAACCGAUACUCCGAAGCAAAAAAAGCUUUACAACGACUCUAUCGAGGCCAGAACUCCUGAUAUCAACAAAUACACCCCCCCCACCUAAAGAGAGCAAACGUUCCCCGAGCUAUUCACUUGACCAACCCCAUCCCUUCGUUAAGAAAAACUACGCACUCAGUUCACUGGACAAAACGCGCUCGUGAAUAUACCAAACUAUAGCCGUUCAUCCUACAAGCAAUCUCACUUUCAGCAGGCGUGGCCACCUUUCCAGUUGCUCUAAGAUUAAUUCGACACCUGCAACAGACACUGUAAAUUAAAUAGCGGCCACAACGCCCUUCUUUGAAACCGUCAGGACGAGAAAGUUUAUAAAAGACUUAACAGGUGUGCGCGGCGGUUUCCUUUUCUUCCUUCCCUCCCAUUGUAGCACUCAAAUUCUGACCCUGAUAUUAAUUCUAGUAGUGAUCAAUCGUUCCUGAGCCGAUAGGCACAAGGAUACCAGUUUCUUGCAAAAUAUGCUGUGACAUCCGUUUGUUCAUCCCCCUUUCUGCCUUCGGCCGCUGAUUAGGUUUGGUUCCGUGCUUUGAAAUAACUUUAGGAACGAAACAUGAUACGUGAGGGGAGUGUCCGGCUAAGGACAAGUGACUCUCGGUGGUGAAGACAUAUACUGAGCUUGUCAGUAUUUCGUAGCCUGUACCACGUCGCGAAAAUAGAACAAGCCAAAGAAAAUAAGACGCCUUUCUUUCCCCAGCCCCCGCAGGUUUUUCGCAUUACUUUUUACUGCACAACUGAUUCUACCUUUUCGAGCCGGAGCGAACAUGGACGCCCUUGCGGUUAAUGCACCUAUCAAUGUAAAGCCGGCGGGGGGGGAGGCAGGGCAUGGGGUGGGGAUUUGAUUGUCUCUGUUGUCCCUGGGGUAGGGCAUUUGACUGAUCUUGUUCUCCCGGGGGAGGGGAUAUUUGAAUCUUUCUUCGCCCGACGUGGAGAUAUUUGACUGCCGACUCGGACGAAAAAGACUGAGACCGAACAUAUGUUUCCCGCUUCCACGCUUCACGCAUGCGCCGUACGGUUUGAGAAAGAUCAGGAAUUCAUGGAGGCCAAUGAGAACAAGCGAAGGCUGAGUGGAUUUCACUGUUUUGUCUUCAAAUUUCGUUUGUUUUAGCGUGUUUUUGAUCAAUUGAACCUCUUAAUAUACUGUGGUAUCAAAGUAAACGGAAGUAAAGAGAAACCAAGUCAAUUUUUGCAAGUACAAUUGAUUAGUGUAUGGCUCAUUCGCUACAAUCACUGUAAGCUUAUAAAAGUGACUUUCUUUGUACCCUUUACUAAGAACUUUCUCCUAAAGGUUUAUGUAUUCUACGCAGAGUAACACGGAUUAUGGUUAAAACGUAUAAUUGCAGCUGUAACAGGAACAUGUAUCUUUGGUGAUGCAGAACGUUUAUAAAAGAUUGCAGAGUUUUAUUUGGAGAUAUUUUUAUUGUACCUUUCUUAGGUUCUGCCUUGGGAUUGACAGCAAUGUGCAGCCUGGGGUGGGGAAAUUUGGUUGCAUUUGACUGGAAUGAUUUGCCCGUGGGCAGGGAAUUUGAUUGCAAAUUUUUGAAAAAAGUCAAAUCCCCACCCUAUGCCCUGCCUCCCCCCACGCCGGCAUUACAUUGAUAGGUGCAUAAGUUUCCACUUCAUUUUCGGCACCUGACUAAACGCAAGCGCUGACUUGUGCGCCUAUGCUUCGUUUGCACUGAAGUAGCAGUAUAUGACCACGACAGACUUGUUGCUAUCCUUGGUUUGAAACCGCCAUGGGCAAGAACAAUUUCUUGAAAAGAGCAAACUAUAUUUCCUCCUUAGCAGACAUGGAGAACAACUACUAGGACUUAAGCAAUGCCAUUGCUUAAGUCCUUCUAGACUUGAAAAGAGAAAGCAUGAUGCUUUCUCUUUUUAAUGAUUUACGGCUAAACAGUACAAUUUCAUGUAGCUUUUACGCAAAAUUAAAUACUCAGUUGUUUGCAGAAUUGCAUUUAACAACAAAUUACAGAAAUUUAACUAAGUUUAGAUCUCAUAGAUAAGUAGUGAACGAAAAAACUUUGGGGUAAUGCGGCAUUCACAUUUAAAUGAUAUGGAAAUUCCUGAAACAAAACGUUUUAACCCCAAAGGGUUUGAAUUGGGUACAACAUUGAGUUAGCCGAAUUGGUCUAUGGACACACAAUAGCAGAGAUAUCAUGCCUGUAAUUUUCUGUUCAAUGCACCUUAUGACAAGUCUGACUAAUCCACUGGUAAACCAUGCCUUAAAACCGCCUUGAACCUUAAAAUUUAAUCCAUUCGCCUUUCAUGCGUAGUGCAAAUAUAUCUUCUGAACACUCCGGGGUUGAGGGUAAAAUCAGAAGAACAGAACAUUCAGUUACUGUACCAUUUUUAAAAGUCGGACAGUAUGUUUGCUAAUCAUCUUAGUUAAC